UCUGUACAGACAUCUAUGUGGUCAGGAAACCGUUUUGCUGUGCUAUAAACUAAGUGUUGUUGCUACUUUCUUGAUUUAUUCAUGGAUACAGGAUGAAAUUAUACGUAUUUAUACUCAUUCUUGCUGUUUUACAUCUUUUAUUUUAGCGUCUCGGAUGAUGUUUGUAUUGCAUUUAGACUUUAUGCGGCUGCAGGUUAGUGCUUGUGGGUCUAAAGGGGAGUCCAAAUUACUUGCUCCAGUGAGCGGCGCGCUCGAGGAGGAGCUUUUAAUUGCUCGCGUUCUCUCUCUCUCUCUCUCUCUCUCUCUCUCUCUCUCUCUCUCUCUCCCUCUCCCUCUCUUACUCUCUCACACGCACACACACACGCACGCGCACACCCACACGCACACGAGCUCUUUCGCUCCCGGCAGUCAGUCGUGCAGUAGCGUGCGGCGAGUUGCGUCUGCAGCGCGCGCGGUAUGCUCUCGUGUCCGGUGUGUGCGCACAGGAGCGCUGCCAUUCCUCGUGCGUAGAGCUGGCGGGCACCGAGACUGGAAGGUCGGCUUGCGACUAUCCUCCUCCACCUCAUCAUCAUCCUCCUCCUCCUCCUCCUCAUCCUCAUUCAGACGCAGUUCCCUGUGGCGCGGCAACCGAGAGCGACAGCAUGGUGGCCAAGGAUUACCCGUUUUACCUGGUGGUAAAGAGAACGAACUGCUCGCUCGAGGUGCAGACGGUGAGCAAAGACGCCGACGUGGGGUAUAGCAGGAAAAUGGAGCCUAGCAACAAGCGAGCGAAGCCUCUGUCUCGAGUCACGUCGCUGGCUAACCUCAUCCCACCGGUGAAAGCUGCUCCGCUGAAGCGUAUUGGACAGACGCUGCAGCGCUCCAUCAGCUUCCGCAGUGAAAGCAGGACGGAGAUCAUGCCUCCUCGGCCGUGGAGCAGACAGGCACCGGCGGCCAGCACCAAGCGCAGAGACAGCAAGCUGUGGAGCGAGACCUUCGAUGUAGGACUGGGACAGAUGCUGUCCUCUAAAGAGAUAAAAAGGCAGGAGGCGAUUUUUGAACUGUCUCAAGGAGAGCAGGACCUGAUUGAAGACCUCAAGCUGGCCAAAAAGGCUUACCAUGACCCGAUGCUGAAGCUCUCCAUUAUGACAGAACAUGAGCUCAAUCAGAUAUUCGGCACCCUGGAUUCCCUCAUCCCGCUUCACGAAGAUCUGCUGAGUCGACUCGGAGAGGCCAGGAAACCCGACGGAUCUACAGAGCACGUGGGCCACAUUUUAGUGAACUGGCUGCCCUGCCUGGACUCCUACAACAGCUACUGCAGUAACCAGGUGGCCGCAAAAGCCUUACUGGAUCAUAAAAAGCAGGACCACCGGGUGCAUGAUUUCCUGCAGCGCUGUCUAGAGUCGCCCUUCAGUCGAAAACUGGACCUGUGGAACUUUCUGGACAUCCCACGCAGCCGGCUUGUGAAAUAUCCACUGCUGCUACGUGAGAUUCUCAAACACACACCUAACGACCACCCGGACCGGCAGCAUCUGGACGAGGCUAUCAACAUGAUCCAGAGCAUCGUGGCCGAGAUUAACAUCAAGACGGGCGAGUCGGAGUGCCAUUACUAUAAAGAGCGUCUGCUCUACCUGGAGGAGAGCCAGAGAGACCUGCUAAUCGACAGCUCUCGCAUUCUCAGCUGCCACGGCGAGCUUAAGAACAACAGAGGAGCUAAGCUACACGUGUUCCUGUUCCAGGAUGUGCUGGUGAUCACGCGGGCCGUCACCCAAAACGAGCAGUUCUACUAUCAGCUUUACCGGCAACCCAUCCCCGUGCGGGAUUUAGAGUGGGAGGACCUGCAGGAUGGCGAGAUUCGCCUGGGCGGCUCCAUCAGAGGGGCUUUUAGCAACACUGAGAGGACCAAGAACUUUUUCCGGGUGACGUUCCGCAGCGGAGGUCAGCUCCAGUCGCACUCCUUCCAAGCCAGUGACGCCUUCAACAAGCAACAGUGGCUGAACUGUAUACGGCAGGCUAAACUAGCGAUCGGCUCUCAGCCUUCCCAUCACACGUCUCCCGGUCUGGAUAAAACUCCAGAGGAGCGCAUGGACCAAAGCGACAGCGACUCCUCAGAAUGUAGCAUGGACACCAACGACCCUGGUGCUGAGGCUGGAACGCAGCUGAUGGAACAUACACACGUGAACGUGUGAACGCCGCGCUGUCGACGUAAACGUGAUCGGACAUCCCCGUUGACCAAGCCGACCUGUACAGUAUUGUCACAGAGAAACUGUCUGUACUUCAGUAGAAGCCACAGUGUAGAGAGAGCACUACUUUUUUCCCUACCACUACUUUAUUUUUCUGUCUGUCUGUCUCUCUCUGUCUGUGGUGCAUCCUGUCGCACUCUGAACUGUGAAAAUGUGUCAGGUUUCCUGUUGUGUGAACAGGACUUGGGUGAAGAGGACUAAUUUGUCAUUCCUCAUAGCGCGACCCUCUGAGGAGAGGAAAGAUUCCACGUACAGAGAUGUAUUAUAGUUAUGUCCACGUACUGUGUUUCGUCUGCAAUAACCACCCAGACAAAACGACCAGAGGAAUGUUUUCACGACAAUCAGGACGUGGUGUUUGAGUGGCUCAAAGUGUUUUAAAAGCCUGAAGGGUUAUACUGACAUUCGUACAGUUAUUCAAGACCAAUCUUGAAGUUCUCAAGGUCAUGGAUGCUUUCCAUGCUUACUGAAGCAAGACAUGAGGAAAGUGAAGCCUAAACCGUGCAGCUUCGUGUCAAACGCGUUUCUACACGUCGUCCGACGUCAGAGCGCAAAAACAUAAACCGUGGUUGCAUGUUACACAAAAAAAGCUGUUUGUACAUGAAUUAAAUAAAAACUGUAGCCUUCAUGCUGUUCCCUGCAAAGAACUAAGUUUUAAUUAGAUAAGCUGCAUCCAGCCAGACAAUAGAGGCUAAUUCUAAUAAAGCACUUUGAUUAAGAAUAAAGAAAAUAUUAAGAAAAAUCAGGUAACAACAAAAACAUCAGUUUUGUGAAAAUAGCAGAGUUGCAGACGCUCUCACUUGGUGUAAAGUUGAAAUCGCUUGUGCCAUGUUGCUCAGCUUAACUCGUGUCCUUUCCCUAAGUGUUUGUGUGUAUGUGUGCCAUCGUAUCACAUCACAAUCUGCGAAAAGCAUUGCCUGUGUUUUAAUCCUGUGCAAGUUUACCUGUGGGCUCUCGUCGUUUCGUUCCACGUUCGAGGAAUCGGCAUCGCCGCUAUAAAAAUAAUUAAAAAAUACAGUAUAAUGUUUUUAUAGAGUUUUGUUUUUAUGUGUUUUUUUUUUUAAAAGAAAUGUAUUAAAGUGUAUGCAGUAGUGUGGUUAUUUAUAGCUCAUUUUUUCACUUGAACUAACUAUGCUGUUCUUUUAUUUCAAGUGCUCAUAGAACAGAAAGAGUUACUGCAGGUGAGCGAAAGCAGGUUUUAUAUACGAUUGGAUUUAAGGACAUGGUUUGAUAGGCCGGAAGUAAAGCCAUACGGAUGGAUACGUGAACGCGUGACGAGUGUGUUACUGAGUGAGCAGUAUGUGUGUAUACCGGUUGAAAGCUGGAGAGUGUAACGAGUACCAAAUAAAUGAUUUUAAAACA